CUCUAUAAAGUGAUGUGCUAUAAAGACUUCUGUUCAUAUUUCCCUACCCACCCUCCUGACACUUUUUGUGGAGAAAUACAUCCUCAUUUACUGGAUGCCAUGGCACAGUUUAUCCAUCUCUUACUGCUGCUGGCAACAAUCCAGCUGCCUACAGUUUCAGUAAAAAAGCCAUGUAUACAGCUACAAGAGGGAAUCAGUGUCCCUUUCAAUUGCCUAUCACAACGGACCAUAAAAUAUUGUUGCAGAAAUGACGACUGCGAGCCUUUGGCCAGCGGGACCAACCUCUGCAUUAGUGACUUAUAUAAAGCCAAGCUUGAAUUCUUUCUAUGUCUGAAGGUAUCAAAAGAUUGUACAAACUCAGUCUGUUGUCCUACUGCAGCUGACUGUGUGAGACACUGUGGGACUGGAGAUCCCACCUGCCAAUGCUUCACAUUUCAUACAGACAAUGGAAAAUGUUCCCUGAGGUCAUCAAGAGAUCACAUGGAGAUAAACUGUGAUAAAGACAAUGUCUCAUGGUACCUUGUUAGGAAGAACUGCAGUGACAUAAAUGAUGCAGGUCUGCAGUUCAACCCCACACCUAAAAGCUGGAUCGAUGCUCUGGAGGACUGCCUCAACCAGAACUCCAUCCUGGUUCAAAUCACCAACCAGACAGUGCAGGACGCAGUGAACUUGCUCCUGCUAAAUAACACAGCCAGUAUGCAGAAUGGGUCGUGGAUCGGCCUGGAGCGGUCCAUCUUUGGCCAAACCCCCCCCUGGAAGUGGACUUCAGGUUUAAAAGCUAAUCAGACUGGAACACCACCAUGGAACAGCAGUGCACCUGUGGACGCCUUCAACAACCACUGUGGAAAGAUCAUCUCGGUGAAUGGGUCAAAUUUCACAUGGCUGGAUGCAAACUGUCAUGAAAAGCUGCCUUACAUCUGCCAAGUUUCGAAUGGAACGUCUUUUCUGGACACCAGUACAUCACCUGAAAACUGUCCAGAUGACUGACAGCAGAAAUGUUGUUGUUUUCACUGUCUGUUCUGUCUUUUUUUUAUCUCUUUCAUAAAAAUGGAAAAGUCAUUCCACUAUUGCUUUGAUAUAAUUUUCAGUGAAUUUUGGUGUUUUGGGCUGCUGGUUUUAGCAUUCACAUUUUAUUGCACUUUCUGAUAACUGACAGAUUUUCUUUCUUUCCAAAACCAAUUUGCAAGUACUGUAAUACAGGCACUUGUUCAUUAUCAUUCAUCCAAUAAACAGUUUCCCCUA